UUUUAUUUCUGGCUCCAAAAUACAGUGGGUCCUCAUGUUCUGGUCUGGAUUAGGCACACUCAUGUGAACAUACCCCAAGUCCUUCACCUGACAUGUUUCUGAACAUUCCUCAUAUCAUAAUAUCAUCCUUAUCAGCUAUUUAGAAAUCAGUGCAUGGCUUCACUUCACCUCUAUAUAUACAAGUCUGCAUUUUCUUCUGAUACCAAUUCGAGCCAUAAAACAUUUUAUCAAUUCAUAUUAAACUUUGGUUCAUAUCUAUCCUUCUGCAUCAUGAAGACUGGUAACAGAUUUGUGGGGAUAGCUAAUGCCAAGCAGAAACUUCAGAGAACUCUUUCACAGAGAAUCAAAAUGGCUUCUGCUGUUGCUGAUGUUCCAAAAGGGCAUUUGGCAGUGUACGUUGGAGAGAACCAUAAGAGGUUUGUGAUUCCAAUAUCUUACCUAAGCCACCCUUUGUUCAGAGACUUGUUGGAUUGGGCUGAAGAAGAAUUCGGAUUCAACCAUCCAAUGGGUGGUCUCACUAUUCCAUGCACUGAACAUUACUUCAUUACUCUAACUUCUUCUCUUAGUUGAUUUCUGGUUCAAAAACCUGCAAUGGUUUCAUCAAUUUGGCCAAUUGAACAUUGGCUAUUUUCAUUUUCCUAGUUCAUAGACAGAUAGGAGCAAUAAUAUCUGGUCUCGUCCAUUCAUUUU